UUUUUAAAAAUGCUAAAUACAAAUUCCUCAUUAAGUUCAGUUUAUAGUAUAGGACAUUUCCAAAGUGGUACUCAGAGCUUUUGUUUGUUUUAAUAUUAUGUAUUAACAUAAGACAAAAAAAAAAGCAAUAGCAAAAAAACAAAAGAAAAGCAAAAUAAUCCACCAUUAGAUCGCAAGCCAGUUAACAUUUGUCUCCAUUUUGAGAGCUCUCUGACUCUUUACUUGUAGUAAGUAAGCUAACACAAACCCCAUCAUCCAUUUCUUCUACUGCAGUCACUUCCAAGUCAUAAAGUGGGGGGAUGAAAACUACAAUUUCAGCGUCUAAGAAGAGGAAUAUUCUCUACAUGAAUGGACCUGUGAUUUCAUUGCUGUGAAUAUUCCCUCCAGUUCUACAGUACCUGACCCCACUCAUACUUUCUCAUCUUGAACAAUUAUCCAUAUUUUCUCAUGAAUCUUUCUUAGAAGUCUUAUCCCACACGCAGGAGACUUUCCUUUCAUCUCUUAACAUCUUACAGAGUUUAGAUAAAAACAAUUCUGGGACAAAUGGAUAUUCUUCUAUUAUUCUGUUAUGUUUCACAUUCGGAAGAGCAUCAUACAGGAACUCCUGAUGGGGGUCAUUUCACCUCUUCUUGAACAUGUACAGUGGCAGGGAGCUCACUGCUUAAUAAAUAAGACUGUUUCAUUUUGGACAGAUUCUUUUUCUUCAUGAGUGACAGAAGCAGCAGAGUUAUCGUGGGAAGAACAUCAUCCUUUCAAUGCUUUGAGGCACCAUAUUGGGAAUGGAUAGAGAGAUAGAAACAACUUAGUUCCUGAUCUCAAGAAGCUUACAAGCAAAGAAGGGGAAUCUCUUGCUGCAGCCCAGGCAAGGAGCAGCUAUGGACAAGAUCCUGGAAGCUGUGAUGCUAUCAACCUAUCCUAUCAAUGUGAAGCAAGGGCUGGCACGGCGAGUGAUCGAGGCAGCAAAGCAACCCAUGGACAGUGCACAGUGCUGGGCCAUGCUGGAGCUGUCCACCAAGCUCUUCCUGGUGGGUGACACAAAGUUCAAGAGGGAGAUUGGACAGGAGGUCCUGGAGGUCUAUGGCCAAUACCACCUAGAGGCCUUUGUGGAGUUCUUUAAUGCCCAUUUCCUCCUGACUCUGCUGCAGGAGGGCUACGGGACCCCAGGCCACCCUAGCCCCUAUGUGCUGGAUUAUGUCCAGUUGGGGCUGCAGUUCAUCCCUGAAGGACCACCAGCUGAAGGUGUCUUUGCCUUGCUCCGCCUGGAAGUCCUGAGAAAGGUGUGCGAACGGCCAAGCCCCAGGCAAUGUGCCAAGGUGGCUCGCCUCCUGAGCCAGUACCCACGCUGCAUUCCAGAUGGCAGACAUCGGCUGCUCUUCUGCCAGCAGCUGGUCCGCUGCAUUGGACAGUUCCAGUGUCUGGCAGAGGGGGAUGAGGGCAUUGUGGAAUUCUUGAACCAUGUGAAUCGAGUGAGCGGGCUCUUGCCUAAAAUUUGGAAGGCUCAAGCCUCAUCCAUCCUGCCAUCCCUGAAAGAGCUGUUUGCCAUCAUCUCCUCCACAGAGGAGCAGGAGCCUCCUUCCAAUGCCCUGGCCAGCGUUGUCCAGUAUGUGCCUCUGGAGCUUAUGGAUGGGGUGAUCAGGAACCUCACCAAUGAUGACAGCAUCUCAGAUGCCCAGAUGAUGACCGCUAUCAGCAGGAUGAUCGACUGGGUAUCUUGGCCCCUGGGGAAAAACAUAGACAAAUGGAUCAUCACGUUGCUAAAGGGCCUAGCAGCUGUUAAGAAGUUCAGCAUUUUGAUUGAAGUUUCUCUCUCCAAAAUAGAGAAGGUUUUCUCCAAACUGCUGUAUCCCAUUGUGAGGGAGGCUGCGCUGUCUGUUCUCAAGUAUAUGCUUCUGAGUUUCCAGCACUCCCAUGAAGCCUUCCACCUGCUUCUCCCACACAUCCCAAAAAUGGUGGCCUCCCUGGCGGAAGAGGACUCCAACUCCCGAGCAAACUGCCUGGAAGAGCUAGCAGAGCUGAUCCACUGCAUGGUGUUCCGCUUCUCAGGCUUCCCGGACCUGUAUGAGCCAGUCAUGGAGGCCAUCAAGGAUCUCCAUGUUCCCAAUGAAGACAGGAUCAAACAGCUCCUGGGACAGAAUGCCUGGACCUCCCAGAAGAACGAGCUGGUGUGCUUCUACCCCCGGCUGGCAGCCAAGUCAGACACAGGCAAGAUCGGCCUCAUUAACCUGGGGAACACCUGUUACAUGAACAGUGUGAUCCAGGCUCUGUUUAUGGCCUCUGACUUCCGACACUGCGUUCUGCAUCUUCCUGAGGACAAUUCUCAGCCCCUGAUGACCAAGUUGCAGUGGCUUUUUGCCUUCCUUGAACACAGUCAGCGGCCUGCUGUCUCCCCAGAGAGCUUCCUGUCUGCCUCCUGGACGCCCUGGUUCAGCCCUGGUGCCCAGCAGGACUGCUCAGAGUACCUGAAGUAUCUGUUGGAUAGAUUACAUGAAGAGGAGAAAACAGGGAAGAGAAUUUGCCAGAAGCUCAAACAGUCAAACACACCAUCCCCACCAGAGGAACAGCCAAGCCCAAAUUCAAGCCCAAGUCCAAGUCCAACAGCUGUAGAGAAAAUGUUUGGUGGGAAGAUUGUGACACGGAUCCGCUGCCUCCGCUGCCUCAAUGUCUCCACCAGAGAAGAAGCAUUCACAGACCUCUCUCUGGCCUUUCCACCUCCUGACCGCCGUCGCCGUCGCCUGGGCUCUGUCAUGCUGCCAAUGGAAGAUGUCAGGGUACAAGGCCCUCCUUCACCAGCCAAGACCCAGGCCCCAGGCACUGAGGGGGCCCGGAGACAGAGAAAGCACUGCAUUGCUGGGGAUGCUCUGCCCCCAGUUGUGAGCAUUGAGAUACUUGGGUUCCAGGAACCUGGAGGGCAUAGAGGCAAUUUCAGACAAGAAGAUGAAAAGGAAAAGAAAGAGAAAGAAGGAAACAAUGAUAAAGAGAAAGAGGAGAAGGAAGAGGGGAAAGAGAAGGCUCAGAAAAAGGAGAAAGAGGAGGAAAAAGAGAAAAAGCAGGAGGAAGAAGAAGAAAAGAUGGAGGAGAGGGAGAAAAAAGAGGAGAAUGAAGACAAGAAAGAUCAAAAGGAGAAAGAAAAAAAGAAAGAGGAAGAAGAGAAAGAGGAAAAGAUAGAGAAAAAGAAGGAAAAAAAGGCAGAGGAAGAGGAAAAAGAAAAGGAGGAAAAAAGGAAAGAAGGAGAAGGUUGCUUAGGCCUGAGGACUGGAGGGAACCAGGGAGUUGCCUUUGGGGAGCAGAUGUGUGGCCCUGAGGGUUCUCGGUCAGUCCCAGAUCUUCUCAAUUACUUCCUGUCACCAGAGACGCUGACAGCCGAGAACCGUUAUCACUGUGAGCACUGUGCCUCCUUGCAGGAUGCGGAGAAGGUGGUUGAGCUGAGUGAGGGACCCCGCUACCUCAUCCUCACCCUUCUGCGCUUCUCCUUCGACCUGCGGACCAUGCGUCGGAAGAAGAUCCUGGACAACGUCUCCAUUCCCCUGUUCCUUCGGCUUCCCAUGGCGGGCGGCUGCCCUCAGCAGGACCAAGGCCAGGCCUGUGCAGCCUACGACCUUUGCAGUGUGGUGGUGCACUCGGGUAUCUCUUCAGAAAGUGGCCAUUACUAUUGUUAUGCCCGUGAGGGAGCCACGGCCGUAGUCAACCCGCCAGGGACGGCAGGACUCUCAGCUGCUGAAAAGCCCCCAGGACUGGAGAGCCAGUGGUAUUUGUUCAAUGACACCCGGGUCUCCUUCUCCUCCUUUGAAUCAGUCAGUAAUGUCACCUCCUUCUUUCCCAAGGACACAGCUUAUGUGCUGUUCUACAGGCAGAGAGUCAGAGAAGGAUGGAAAGCAGAACCCAAGUCCCCCAGACCCCACACUGAACCAGCCCUCCACAAAGACCUGAUUGAAGCCAUAUCUAAAGACAACAUCCUUUACCUGCAGGAGCAGGAAAAGGAGGCCAGAAGCAGAUCAGCCUACAUCUCCACACUCCCCAAAUCUCCCCCUUGGGGGAGGGACUUUGAUGAAGACAAGGAUGAGGAUGAUGAAGGCUCGCCAGGGGGCUGUGACCCUGCAGCUGGAGGCAGCGGCAGCUCUUUCCACAGACUUGUCUUCUAGGGGUCUUAACCCCAAACCCAUGCACUCUUCCUGGUCCCCAGCCUGCUCUGACAAUCCUUCCCUUGCAAGGCCACUUCAGGCCCCUUAUUCUUUAAGCAAGACAAGAUGGGAUGAGCUCAGAUUUCACAUCAACUUCUCCCCAAGCCCUGAGGACUUAGGUUGGACAGGGUCCUAUCUUCAAACAGAGGAAGCAAACUUGUACUUCCUAAACCCAGACCUGUUCUUCCUUCCCUAGCUUCCUAGCAGGAUUAGGAAUAAUGGGAGAAAGUUAAGGAGAAGUAGAUUUCAGCUCACUUCUUAACAAUCAGAGCUGUCUAAUCAUGGAGCAGGCUACUUCUCCAUCAGGAGUGAGCUCCUCAUUGAGGGAGAUAUUCAAGCAGAAGGCAGAUGACCACUCAUUGGGGAAAUUGUAGAAGGGAUUUCUAUUCAGGUACAAUUAGACUAGAUGACCUCUGAAGUCCCUUCAAGCUCUGAGAUUCUCUGACGACACCUUCCAGGUGAAGGACAUCUAAGGAGGAGGUUCUGACCCUUUUCUGAGAGGAAGAGGCAGAGGUUAAUGGUACGUGCCCAGCCUAAGGCCCAUGGGAUCAUGUGCUUCUGGUCCAUUUGCUCUAGGAACUAGAUCAUCGGGACCUGACUCUUGAGAGAGUACCCAAGCAAAAGACACGUAAAGGUCCGUUCAAACGCCAUAUAAACAAAUGUUCUCAUUGAUUCCACUGGAAAACCUGCUGUGUGAUAACAGCUAUUUCAGCUUCCUACAGUAAUAAUUCUUUGACUCAAGUACAUAUGGUACAUACCAAUCAGAGACAAAUGCUUUUUUUCCCUGGGUCUGGUUUAUGUAAGUUAUAUUCUAUUACGAAAGUACAUGAUCAGGUUUGGGGAGAAGCCUUCAUAGUUCUAAUGUUCUGCAGUCAUAGAGCAUUUGCCCCUUUACCCCCUUUCCUUUUUCUCUUUCUCCCCUUAGACUUCUCUAUCAACUAGCAAAUAAUGUCAUCAUUCCCUGAUAACAUACCCUGGACUCUCAAAAUUGGGGAGCGUGGAGGAGGAUGAAUGAGGAAGUGUGAUGUUAUUGUAGCCUUUUUUUCCCUCUAGUGCAGGGGGACUCACAGACCUCCCCACUUUCACCCCAUCAACAGUUCCAUGGAUAGAUCUCAGAGUGCUCAUGAAGUUGGAUGGGAGGAAAAAAGCAACCCAGACACGUCUUUAUUUGCAUUCACCACCGAAUUCAGCAUUUCCUUCAAUUAUGCAUGAUUCUGAGAAGGGGGUCUGUUAUAAGCAUUACCAAGACUACCAGAGGCGUCCACAACACCUAUUGGUUAAGCCUCUCUAAUUCUAGUAUGUUCAGCAGAGCACUUAAUUUAAUUGACUCACUCAUUCCAAAAGGCCUCAAUGGAAUCAUAGGAUCAUUACAGAACAAUCAAAUUUAGAGCUGUAAGAGAGCAAAUCUAAUCUAGCCUUUUUACAAAUGUGGAAACUGAGGUCCAAGAAGGGAACAAAAUCAGGAUUCCUUACCAGCUUUUGCCAGUUGGAUGUACAGUCUGAUGGAGAAUAACCCUGCGCACUCAUCUCUAUAACCCUCCACCCUCUUCUCUAGGACGGGAGAUUCAGCCUGGCUGGAUCCCUAGGCCCUGCUUGAAAUAUGGCAGAUUUACCCAGGAUUGCUAUUUAUUUUACUAAGAGAGAACACUGCCUUUUGCAUCUAGAAGAGGGUAGUGGUGACCCAGCAAAUGGUUCCAUGUGGGAUGUAAUGGCUACAUUUCUGUGAUGUUUUCCCAUCCAUUUCCUAUCCCACUCCAUGGGGUUAAAGCUGAAAGGGACCCUGGAAACCAAAGAGAGUCAGCACUGAAAGGACCUUAGUCCAAUCUCAUUUUACAAAUGGGGAAAAGAAAGAUCACCAAAGGUGAAUGACUUUCCGAAGAUACUCACAGGUAGAACUGGGAUUCACACCCAGAUCCUCUGAUCCAGCAUUUUCUCUAAAACCACAAAGCUUCAGUUUAUCCCUACAACUUCCUAGUCACAUUGGUUGUGGGUUUUUUUUAAUCCCCGUUUUAUAGAUGAGCAAACUGAGGCUGAGCAAGGGGUUAUCUUAGAGUGCCCACUACCAGUUUGCUAUGAUGCCUGAUCAGACCCAUUCGAGUUGCCCAUGUUAAGAUCCUUGUAUUUUUUCUUUUUUAAGUUGGGGAGGUGGGGGAGCAUUUUAUAUUAGCUUAAUAUGCACACAGGACUUGGAGGUUCAGUUCUGUUCCUUGCUCCAUAUGCAAUAUUGAGGAAGUCACAUUGCUUCUGAUCUUCAUUGUCCUUAUUUCCCAACCUUUUUGUAAGAAAAGCUGGAGUUCAGAAUGACUGAGCUGCCAUCAUCAGCCAUUAGCAUAGUAAUAAGGGGGUUCCCUUGGGAGAGCUGACUCUCUAGCUACUGAGGAUGCUGAGAUGAUGGAUUUCUUGAGCUCGUGGGUUCUAGGAUGCAGUAGGGAUAAAGCUGACCAGGUGCCCAAGGAAGUCUGGCACUAAUUGGGUGAGCUUGUCCUUGGAUCCUUGUCUCCCGGCUCAGCCCCCUAAAUUGCUUAUGGAGAAAUAAACUGACUUCAGUCAGAAACCAAUCAGCAGGUCCAUGCCUUCUGUGCAGGUCACUGGUAAGAUUGAGGAGACCCAGUCUCAAACUAAUAAAAGCCCCAUCAAACAACAAAAUUAAUAGGUGGGAUUUCAGGGGAUGGCUCACAGGUCUGGCAAGCUCUGAUUUUGUUUGGUAAGUGAGUAAGGAGGUCUGGAGCUGGAGUAACUGCAAGGGAAGGGGAAGGGCACAUGGACCCAGAGGGAGGCACUGAGUCCAAGGGGUGCUCUCCUCUCCCAAAGGGUGUGGAUAAAUUUUGUGAACAUCUUUCCUAUGCUAAUCCUGUUCUCUUUUUUUGUCUUCCAGUCUUGGGUUUCCCACAAUCUAAUUUUGGUUUUACUUUCCCGGGGACAGUGACACAUAAAAAUAAAUUCAUGAUUUCAUUGCAGCUUGAUAA